CUCUUUCUUCGCCAGGUAAAAGACAAAAGCCGAUCGCUCGUACCGACUAAAUCAAAUCACCUGCGAAGGCAUUACCUGCAUUCCUACCGUCCAAGAUGGCCGGGGACCGACUUCUAGUACACGAGAAUGCGUGCGAAGAGCACUAAAAUCGCGGAGGCCGUUCGAAAUACUGUUAGACCUGGCGAUGUGCACUUGUUAUCCGACCGGGCGACUCGAUCGAACCCCCGAGAAAAACGUCUUUUUCGAAUAGGAAAUUGAGCAAACACUCGCGAGUGCGAUUUUUCGUUAUACGAAGAUGCGAUUUGUUUUUUUUUUUGUUUUUCGAAAAAAGUGCUCGAUAUUUUUAAAGUGAACUCCGUCGAUGUGUUGUCGGUGUUAUCUUCCGGGUAGUGCAAUAAGUUAAUAUGAGUUUCGCAAAAUUUUUGUACCCUGGAAUAUGUCGCAUAGAGAUUUUACAGAGGUCGAACCCGAAGGUACAACAGAACUACCGGCCGCUAACAGAACUUUAUUCCUCGAAAAGGUUCGCCAAUCGAACGCAGCCUGCCAAAGCGGCGAUUUCCCCACAGCAGUGGCCUUGUACACAGACGCCCUGCAGUUAGACCCGACCAAUCACAUACUGUACUCCAACAGAUCCGCGGCCAAGCUGAAACAAGGCCUCUUCGCUCAAGCCUUGCAAGAUGCCGUCACGGCCAGAGACCUGUGCCCCACGUGGCCCAAGGCUUACUACAGGCAAGGCGUUGCGCUGCAAUGCCUCGGCAGACACGGGGACGCCUUGGCCGCCUUCAGCCAAGGCUUGGCUCAGGAUCCGGCGUCGCAGCAGCUGCUAUCGGCGCUGGUGGAGGCGUCGAUCAAGUCGCCGCUCAGGCACCAUCUCGAGCCCACGCUCGAGCAGCUGGAGGUCAUGAAGCUGGACCAGAGCCCCUUCGUUUUGAUAUCGGUCAUCGGACAGGAACUCCUUGCAGCCGGUCUCUAUCACGCAGCUGUAGCCGUGCUGGAAUCGGCCCUGAGGAUCGGUUCGUGCUCGUUGAAGCUGCGCGGCUCCGUGUUCAGCGCCUUGAGCUCGGCCCAUUGGGCUCUGAAUCAACUGGACCAAGCCAUAGGGUAUAUGCAACAAGAUCUGGCUAUAGCCAAAAGCCUGGGCGAUACGGCUGGAGAGUGCAGAGCCCACGGCAACCUGGGCUCGGCGUAUUUCAGCAAAGGCUCUUACAAAGAGGCUCUGACCGCCCAUAGAUAUCAACUGGUGCUGGCUAUGAAGUGUAAAGAUACUCAGGCUGCGGCUGCUGCUUUGACGUCUCUAGGUCACGUUUAUACCGCCAUAGGUGAUUAUCCCAACGCUUUAGCUUCGCACAAGCAAUGCGUUCAAUUGGUCAAACAAAUCGGCGACAAACUCCAAGAAGCUAGGGAAAUAGGUAACGUUGGAGCCGUCUAUUUGGCAAUGGGAGACUUCGACUCGGCCGUGGAUUGUCACACACAACACCUUAGAAUCGCCAGAAGAUUAGGAAACCAAGUCGAAGAAGCCAGAGCGUACAGCAACUUAGGCUCGAGUCACCAUUACAAACGAAACUUUACCCAGGCUAUAGUCUACCACGAGAAGGUCUUGCGACUAGCGCAGGCCAUCGGAGACAAAUCGGUAGAAGCCAGAGCCUACGCAGGCUUGGGACACGCCGCCAGGUGUGCGGGCGACUACGUGCAAGCCAAACAGUGGCACGAACGCCAACUAGACGUGGCCCUCGCCACUAGAGACAAAGUGGGAGAGGGCAGGGCCUGCUCGAAUCUGGGCAUCGUCUACCAGCUGCUGGGCGAGAACGACGCCGCCUUGAAGCUGCACCAGGCCCAUCUGGCCAUAGCCAGGAACUUCCAGGACAGGGCCGGCAUGGGCCGGGCGUUCGGCAACAUCGGCAACGCCUACUCGGCUGCGGGGUUCUACGAAUCGGCCAUUAAAUAUCACAAGCACGAAUUGACCAUCAGCAAAGAGGUGCACGACCGAAGCUCCGAGGCCAGCACGCACGGUAACUUGGCGGUGGCUUAUCAAGCUCUAGGCGCUCACGAUAUGGCGUUGAUGCAUUACAGGGCACACCUAGAUAUCGCGAGGGAUCUGAAAGAUGCCGCCGGUGAAGCCUGCGCUUUGCUCAAUUUGGCCAACUGUUUGAGCUCGCGGUCCGAAUUUACCGAGGCCAUUCCCUACUACGAGCAAUAUUUGAUGAUAUCCCAGGAACUGUCUGAUGUAGAAGGGGAGGCGAAAGCCUGCCAUUUCUUAGGCUACGCUCAUUACUGCAUAGGUCAUUAUAAAGAAGCUGUGAGGUAUUACGAUCAAGAUUUAGCCUUAGCUAAAGACCUGCAGGAUAAAAUGAACAUGGGAAGAGCCUAUUGUAAUCUAGGCUUGGCACAUUUAGCACUGGGACAGUUGGAUACCGCUUUGGAAUGCCAGAAGUACUUUUUAGCCAUCGUUCAUAUGACCAAUAACCUAACUGGUAAAUUUAGAGCCUUCGGUAACAUCGGCGAUGUACUCAUCAAACUAGACGAAAUAGACGAAGCCAUAAAGAUGUACCACAAGCAAUUAGCCUUAGCCAGAAGUAACAGAGACAGAAACAUGGAAGCCGCAGCCUGUGGAGCCUUAGGAAUGGCCCAUAGAUUAAUCAAAAAGUUCGACAAAGCCUUAGGCUACCACACCCAAGAGCUGACCCUUCGACAGGAAACCUCUGACGUUUCGGGCGAAUGUCGCGCCCACGGGCAUUUGGGGGCCAUCCACAUGUCGUUGGGGAACUACCCUCACGCCGGCAAAUGCUACCAGGAGCAGCUGGAGCGAGCCCAGGAGCUGCAGGACUGCGCUGUCGAGGCGCAGGCCUACGGCAACCUGGGAAUAUCCAAGUUGAACAUGGGCCAUUUCGAAGACGCCAUCGGAUACUUCGAGCAACAGCUGGCUACGCUGGAGAGACUGAGCUCUCCAACUGCUCAGAUGGACAAAGGCAGAGCCUUCGGAAGUUUGGGGGAUUGUUACGACGCUCUGGGAGAUCCGGAGGAGGCCGUGAAAUGCCACGAGCAAUAUUUGGCUAUAUCGUUGAAGAUGAAGAGCCCGAGGGAUCAAGAACGAGCCUACAGAGGAUUGGGACAAUCUCAAAGAUCUCUGGGUAAUCUUCAACAAGCGUUGGUUUGCUUGGAGAAGAGGCUGGUAGUUUCUCACGAGUUGGGCAAUUUGGACGCCAAGGCAGCCGCUUACGGGGAAUUGGGACAACAUCACGCUACUUUGGGGAACUUGGAACAAGCUGUUUCUUGUCUUGAACAUCAAAGAAACAUCGCCUUAGAGCAAAAUGACAAAGUCAUGGAAGUAGACGCCAUAUGCGGCCUCGGAUCGGUCUGCUACCAAAUGGGCGAAUUCGCCACGGCCCUUCGUUACCACACCAACGAGCUCGAGAUAUCCGAGCAACUGGAAAUGCCCAAUUUGCAGAGCCGAGCCUGCGGCAACGUCGGAGCCGUCUACGAAGCCUUGGGCAAUUUGGACGAGGCCGUCAUCUAUCAGAUGCGACACUUGUCCAUAGCCUCGUCGACCAACGACCAAUUGGCCAAGACGGUGGCGUACAGCGCGCUCGGACGAGUCCAUCAGCUGCUGGGGAAUCGCACGCAGGCCGUCAGUUACCUGACGCAGGGAUUGGCGAUUGCCGAGUCGCUCGGUCGGAGGGACGAGGAGGCGAAGAUUCGAAACCGAUUAGGCCUAGCCCUAUGGGCCAACAACGACUUGGAAGGCGCUCAAAAGCAACUGGAAAUAACCACGCACUUGCUGGAAAACAUCAGGAGAGAAGCGAAGAGCACGCAGGAUUACAAACUGUCUUUAUUCGAAUUGCAAUCGUCCAGCUAUCAAGUACUACAACGCGUGCUAGUCUGUUUAAACCGGCACGAGGAGGCUCUUUUGAUAGCAGAAAGAGGAAGGAACAGAGCCUUCGUGGACUUGCUACUCGAACGCCAAGGCUUGAGCGAUUUGAAAAUGAAAUCGAAAAGCAGCAGAUUAGAAGAAUUCGGUAUGAACAACCUGGAUCACAUUAAAGAUAUAGUCAACAGGCAAAGAGCUUCGGUACUCUACUACAGCAUAGCAGCCGGAUUCCUAUACGCUUGGCUAAUUUUACCAACCAAAGGUAUCGUAAAGUUCCACUACGUCCCGCUGACGGAAUCCUCGGACAAUUCCUCCUGCGACAACCUCGAUCCCGUUCCUUCGGGCACCGGGAUGCUGGAGAAGCUGGUGAACUCGGUCAGAGACAGCCUCGGAUUGGAAGCCUCCCCGUGCCCCACCAUAGCGGAGGACCACGCCGACGACGUCUCGUCGGAGCGAACGGGUUUCCUGAGGAUGGUGAACCGGCAACAUCUCAUGAACUCCAGCAAUUACUCGUUGAGUUCGCUGUUCUCGCUGGGCAGCGUAGGCGGCUCGGUGGCGUCGCUGCAGGGGAGCACUAGAUCGAGCGCGAGCGCUCAGGGUUCCACCAGAAUGGGCAUACGCCAGAGCUGGAAGGGCCCGAGUUGCUUGCACACCCUCUACACCAUGCUGCUCCAGCCUUUCGACGAGUACCUAACCACCAAGAGCUCCUCGAAAGAGAGCUCCCAUCGAAGGGAAUUGAUCCUGGUGCUCGAAGGCGAUUUGUAUUUAGUACCGUUUCCUCUACUGCGAUCGGCUAACGAGAAUUCCGAGUACUUGUGCGAGAGAUUUUCCUUGUUUGUGGUGCCCAAUUUGAGCACGCUCAGGUCCGGAAGGCUCCGGAAACAGGACGAAACCGUAAGGAGUUUGGUCGUGGGUAAUCCGAAAUUACCGAACGCCGUUACCGAGCACUGGGGCUGGAAGGAUAUACCCCAAUCCGAGCAGGAGGCCGUGAUGGUGGCCGAGCUUCUCCAAACGCAAGCUUUGACAGGAUCACUCGCCACCAAAGAGCAAGUUAUCAAUCAAAUCCAAGAAGCCGAGUGUAUACAUUUCGCCACUCACGUCUCCUGGAAGUUGUCUUCUUUGGUACUAAGUCCAGGUGAAGUUUUAGACCAAACUCAAUCGAAGCGCUUGUAUAUAACCGAUAACAUAGAAGAAGAAGAUAACAACGAGUUAUCAGUAUCGGCGGAACUACCGCCCAUUUCAGAGUUUCUUCUCAGCGCAACCGAUAUACUGUCAUUGAAGCUUUCGGCUCGAUUAGUCGUGAUAAGCUCAUCGCAUACGCGGGAAUCCCAAGGUUGGGCGACCUCGGACGGUUUGGUCGCUUUGGUACGUUCCCUUCUAGCAGCAGGAGCUCAAGCAGUACUGGUUUCCUUAUGGCCUGUACCGGAUACGGCUACUAAAAUCCUCCUCAGAGCAUUCUAUUCGGCUCUGCUGCAGGGAACUCGAGCUGCUAGAGCUUUGGUCGAAGCUAUGCAAACUGUCCAACACACCAAGCACUUUGCCCAUCCUGCGAAUUGGGCGGGUUUCGUGCUCGUGGGCUCCAACGUUAGGUUGUCCAAUAAAGUGGCUCUGAUGGGUCAAGCGCUCUGCGAAUUGCUGCAGCAUCCAGAAAAAUGCAGGGAUGCCUUAAGAGUAACCUUGCAUUUGGUCGAAAAAAGCUUGCAAAGGAUCCACAGGGGCCAGAAGAACGCCAUGUACACCACCCAGAAGUCCAUAGAAAAUAAAGUGGGGUGCGUUAACGGUUGGAAGGAGCUGCUGAUGUCGGUGGGAUUCAGAUUCGAGCCGGCUUCAAACGGAAUUCCCAGCAGCGUGUUUUUCCCGCAAUCCGAUCCAGACGAUAGGUUGACCCAAUGCUCGGCCAGUCUUCAAGCCCUGCUUGGUUUGACUGGUACUUCCAUUCAAGCACUGUCCAAAUUGACCUCCAAUUCUGAUGUGGCCGAUGAGAUAAUAGCUGUUAUCCAGGCGGCUUUGACGCAGUUCUCUUCCAAGGGCGUUGAGAGUGAUAGCGUGGACGUGGCUUUACACGUGAGGUUGUGGCGAGUCCCAGGUUGCCAUGAACUCUUCGCUUCACUAGGUUUCGAUCUAAUAGACGUGGGGCAGGAUAAAGUGACUCUGAGAACUGGAAAGCAAGCCAAUAGACGAAACAUACAAUUCACAAUGCAAGCUUUAUUAGCUCUAUUUGAUACCCAAGAAGCACCGAAAAGCCUCACCAUAGACUCCUCGAGCAGUCUGGAAUCCCUGGCUUCAAUCGAUAACGAUUUCUCGCAUUCCGAUAACGAAUUGAACUGCGUUUCUUCCACACCCACCAGCAAGUCACUUCCUAGGAUCCCUCCUCCAUUUUCCAGAACUGUGUUGCCCAGCAAAAGGUUAGGUGGGGCUUUUACUUCGUACGUAAGAAGAAGAGGAGAACCUGAUGGAAGAACGGCUAAUCCGCCCGAUGGCAAGUCAACAUUAGAAGCAAAAUUGAGGAAAAACAUGACUUUGGCCAGACCGGGCGGUGGAGAAUCCGACGCUGCUUUCACGCCCAGCCCACCGGUUGUUCUACAGCCGGAGAAUCAAACCAUGGCACUGUCGCUCGCCCAUCAAUCCAGAAUAAAGCACCUGUAUUCCCAAAACGACGGUAAAAGCGACACCAUGAGGCCCGAUAGCUCCAGCUCCACCAGCUCUGCCACAGAUUGGGAAAACGGCCAUGCGACUAUCCUUAGACGGCAAACCCAGAACCAGGUGCCACCUUUGCCGCCUCCGCGCGUCCAGCCCCUUCCGGAUCUGCCGCUGUACAACAACCUUCCUGCAGGUAUGUUCGAGAACAGUUCCGACAGCGAUUUGGAGAAAAUGGAGGCCAAACUCUUCACCUCGGCGUUCAAGAGUAAAAUCGCCCACAAGAAGCCGCGGAAUCCGCUCAACGUCUUCGACAGAUCCGCGGCCAAAGCGACGACGACGGGACAGCUGCUGCAGGAUGCAGGGAGAAAGCAGAUGGCUCAGCCGGACGAGGAGGCUUCGCCCGCUAACGAUAGAUUGUACUUUUCGCCCGGUGAAGAGGGAGAGAACGAUGUGACUGUUGCAGGAACGUCGGGCGGGGAUAUUCACGGUACUGAACAGGAUUUGGGCAGAGCUGAAGGAAAAUCGGGCGGGUCUUCAUUGACUAUUCAUGAUACGAUUUUGGCCACCCAACUGAGACACAUCAACAGGGAAUUGACUCCGACAAUAUCAGAGGUGUAUCAUGAGAGAAACAUCGGUUUGGGACUGGCUCCAUCCCUGUCCAAAUUGCUGCUCAGCCAGUCCCAACCAGCCAUUAAGACUGAUAACUCCGUUUUGGAGAAAAUUAACAUGGGUUUGGUGGAUGAUGAAGUGGAUGCCAAUGACGGGAAGAACGCUGCAAAAGUAAAGGGAAAGUUCAAUAAACCUUGGUUGGUGGAGAACGCGGGAGCUUUGCAGCAAAUCCAAAGCUCCGAUUUGACGACUGCUGAUAUCCUGGAGAGGGAGGUGAAAAAUAAGAAAAGCAUUAUGAGGAUCGAACAGAAGACCACCAAGGACGAUCAGGACCCCAAACGCAUCUCGCCCUUCUCGGAGAUGUCUCGCAGGGACGAAGGAGACGGCAGGAGCAUAGCCGAUUCGAACUACUCCAGCUACAAAAACCAAUACUCGUCCUACCAAUCCGUCGACAGCAAGUCCAAAACUCAGCCGAAGAUCCGAGCCUUAUCAUCCCACAGAAGAAUCUUACCCAACUAACUCGAAAUUUAUUUUACGUUGUACAAGAUGUCGGAAAGCUUUAAUAAAUACUAUCUAUUAUUUACAUUCGUUUUGUUCAAAACAACGAUUAAUUUAACCAACCAUCAGGUGUAAUUUAGGCUUCCUUUAAAGUCGACACGCUCAGGUCGGCCUUCGAUUUGAUCGAAAUUGUUUCAAUAGAUUUUGUUUGUAACUCCAGCUCAGUUAAAUCAAUAUUGAACGUAACAGGCGGAAGUUCCUUUUCCACAGUUUUAUCACCGAAUCUAGUCAGAGCCCUGAGUUCCCUGGCCUUGGCCUUCACGUUAUGCGGAUCCACCACCAUGUUCCUCUUCUUCUGCCCGUCUGGAAU